ACGUUCUCAUUCGCCUCGAGCCCUCCCUCGACCGCCCGAGUCCCGAGUCCCGAGCCCCCGGCCCGAAAAUUCAUCCGCCUUCGUCUGCUGCCCCCCUCGUGUGGGCUCGCGUGGGGUUGCGUAGCACCAAUGGGCUAAAUGGGACGCGGACCGCCUCCAUUAGAAAACAGGGCCAUGCCGCAGUGCCAAAACGGGACGGGCAGAAAAGAGCGGUGCGAGCAUAUUUUGCUGGUGGCGAGGCCCUGCUCCGCUCCAACUCGGCUUCGACGCGAAUCGGAGUCGGAGCAGAGGUUCAUGUGGGAAAUAUCGAGAAGCCUUAUCUUUUUGCUCGGUCAACAACGUUCUGAAUCUUCGAGGGUUCAUUGGAUGUCGAGGUCUGAAUCUCCGUCAAAUGUCAAGAGGGAGAGUCCAGCUGCGAACGGGGCCAUUUCACGACAGCACUUUCGUAUCUCCCCCAGUAGUACACACGCAGGGGGGACAUGCAUACAGGAUUGGUGUGUAUGUGAUAGAUUUGAUUGUUUAAUCGCAGCAGUCCUCCAUCGCCCUCAUUGGCCAUUCGCACCGGCCGUACACCAGCAAUGAGGACUCGUAAGAUGACACAUGUGCCUUGAGCUCCUGACCCAAUCUAUGCUGCCCACUUGUCCCGUACUUCAAGGUAAAGCACGGUCCACGGACAUAAUCAUGCUGAUGGAGCUGACUUCUGAUGUCAGAAGGAGUACAUCCACGUUUUGUCCUCGUAGAAAAAGGAUAGGAUAUAUCACACGGAAGAAACUGUGGUGUCUGAGAGGCCGUUUAUUUAUUUUACUGCUCGUGGU